AUGUCCGAUAAAGUACCAGCACAAGAUGAGAGCAGCCAUCAGCCAUCGAUAGCUUCCUCUGCCUCUGCUCCAGUGCCACCUCCUACAGGAUCUACCGAGUCAGCUUUAGAGGGUAGAUCGGAACCUCGAGAUCCCCAAGUCACCGACGACCUCCAACGCGUUUCUGGAGUCUUGCAGGAUAUGGCGAACGCUGGAGAGGUCGAUGUUGCUCUGGCACCUACGUCGCCGGGAAUUCCACCCGCUGCGUUUGGCGCUGGUGGUACGCUUCUGAAGGAGUUUGACCAAAAGUCAUCCUUUGCUAGUCGGCGAGGCUCGCAGAGUGGGAGUCCGCCAACUGGUGCGGUGAAGGGUAUCGGUAGUAAAGUUGCAAAGCCCGAUUAUUCAGAGUCCAAGAUCGUCGUUGCGAUGGUUGGACUGCCUGCUCGAGGAAAGUCGUAUCUGAGUAACAAGCUCAUGAUCUACCUCAAGUGGUUGGAAUACGACGUGAAGGUAUUCAACGUCGGUCAAUUACGAAGGACGCGGGCGAGGCAAAGGGCUCAAAAGGAAGGAGUGAAGGAAGAGCAUAAUGCAUCCUGGUUCAGCCAUGCGAACAAGCAAGCGAACGAAUCGCGCGAGCAGCUGGCACACGACAGCUUGGAGAUGCUGAUCCAAUGGUUGAAAGAUGGCGGAAACGUUGGGAUUCACGACGCGACCAACAGCACGCGCGCCAGACGAGCGAGCAUAGAAGAGCGCGUCAAGAAGGAGGAAGGCAUGUCCCUCAUCUUCCUCGAAUCCUACUGCGACGAUCCUGCUGUCAUCGCCGCCAACGUUGCUCUCAAAGUGAGCUCUGGCGAUCCUGAUUACAAGGACGUGCCCCCCGAAGAAGCCAAACGCGAUUUCCUUCGUCGGAUAAGCGAGUACGAAAAGGUGUAUGAAACGAUCACCGAGCCGCAUUUGUCGUAUUUGAGGAUUGUGAACGUGGGGAGCCAGGUUACUGUUUCGAGGAUCAAUGGCUAUCUUCAGAGUCGGAUUGCGUUCUUCUUGACGAACCUGCAUUUGAAGAGGAGGAGUAUCUAUCUUUCGAGGCACGGCGAGAGUCAGUUCAAUGUGGAGGGAAAGAUUGGUGGCGAUUCGCUCUUAUCGCCUAGAGGAGAGCAAUAUGCCAAAGCCCUCCCUGCACUAAUUACCGACAACAUUGGCGAUGCUCCGUUGACGGUUUGGACUUCCACGCUAAGACGGACCAUCCAAACUGCUGCUGACCUUCCAUACCCCAAACUCACCUGGAAGUCUUUGGAUGAACUGGACGCAGGCGUCUGCGAUGGUAUGACCUAUGAGGAAAUCGAACAAGCAUACCCAGAUGAUUUCGCCAAUCGUGACGAUGACAAGUUCAAUUAUCGAUACCGAGGAGGGGAGUCGUACCGGGAUGUGGUCGUUCGCCUUGAGCCUGUUAUCAUGGAACUGGAGCGACAAGAGAAUAUCCUGAUCGUUGGGCACCAGGCCAUUCUCCGAUGCCUAUACGCCUACUUCCACAACUUGCCCCAAGCAGACCUGCCUUAUAUCAAGAUCCCUUUGCAUACCGUCAUUAAGCUUACGCCUAAAGCUUAUGGAUGUGACGAAGAGAGGUACGCUUUGGGCAUUGACGCUGUGGACACCCAUCGGCCCAAGCCCAAGGGCCCCUCGCCUGUUAUUCAGCCCACCACCGCAAGGCAAUACUUUGCAGACCCUCAGAUUGUCCAAUAA